UGGCCCCUCCCUUGGCGGGGGCGCGAGGCUCGGAGGACCGCAGAGAGAAGGGGAAGUCAGGUGGCAGCUGCUGCCGCCGCGUUACCACCGUGGUUUGUCGUCAGAAGGAAAAUGGCGGAUCUGGAGGAGCAGUUGUCUGAUGAGGAGAAGGUACGUAUUGCAGCAAAAUUCAUCAUUCAUGCCCCUCCUGGAGAAUUUAAUGAGGUGUUUAAUGAUGUUCGGUUACUACUUAACAAUGAUAAUCUUCUCAGGGAAGGAGCAGCCCAUGCAUUUGCACAGUAUAACUUGGACCAGUUUACUCCAGUAAAAAUUGAAGGUUAUGAAGAUCAGGUAUUAAUAACAGAACAUGGUGACGUGGGAAAUGGAAAGUUUUUGGAUCCAAAAAACAGAAUCUGUUUCAAAUUUGAUCACUUAAGAAAGGAAGCAACAGACCCAAGACCAUAUGAAGCAGAGAAUGCAAUUGAAUCAUGGAGAACUUCAGUAGAAACUGCCCUACGAGCUUACGUAAAAGAACAUUAUCCAAAUGGGGUCUGCACUGUAUAUGGUAAAAAAAUAGAUGGACAGCAAACCAUUAUUGCAUGCAUAGAAAGCCAUCAGUUCCAAGCAAAAAAUUUUUGGAAUGGGCGUUGGAGGUCAGAGUGGAAGUUUACAAUCACUCCUUCAACUGCUCAGGUGGUUGGCAUUUUGAAAAUUCAGGUCCAUUAUUAUGAAGAUGGUAAUGUUCAACUAGUGAGUCAUAAAGAUAUACAAGAUUCCCUAACAGUGUCUAAUGAGGUGCAAACAGCAAAAGAAUUUAUAAAGAUUGUAGAAACUGCAGAAAAUGAAUAUCAGACUGCCAUCAGUGAAAAUUAUCAGACAAUGUCGGACACUACUUUCAAAGCCUUACGUCGACAGUUGCCAGUUACACGCACUAAGAUUGAUUGGAACAAGAUUCUUAGCUACAAGAUUGGCAAGGAGAUGCAGAAUGCAUAAGAUGAAUAUUGCAUGAUUGGAUCAAUUUAGUGUCUUUGCAUUUAAAAAAAAAAUCGUUGCAAAUGUAUUCAGAACUGUCAAGUUACCCAGUCAGGUGGGCUGUUGCCAUUUAAAAAUCACUGUAAUUAGUUUGGUUAGAACACAGAGCUUAGCUAAUCAACCCUUAUUUUUCAUUUCUCUUGUUCAAAGAGGAUUGAAAAUCAUUUUAGUUUAAAUGUCUUUCACUUUCUUUUACGCGUUUCUUAACAAUGAAGAGAUGAUUCCUCUAGUUUAACGUUAAAAGUUUUUGAAGUGUUUCAAAAUAUUUUCCUUACCAUAACCCUAAAAAUUAUUGUCUUUUGGUUUAUGAAGUGUGUAAUUUUUGAUAUUUGUCCAGUUCUUUUUAAUGGGGUCAAUAAUGGAUGUUCUCAUUUAAGGUAGUUGAUGGAUUUAGCCGUAUGUGCUGCUAAAGAAAUUGUCUGCCUUUUUCUGAACCCUUGAGGGAAAACAUUUUCUAUAUCAGCUGUGUUCAAAGCUUUCAAGAAGGUUAUUUAGCUAGCUUAAGUGUUUAACUAAACUUUUAAAAACAAGGCCAAGGUCUAAUGCAGUUUUGAGGUUCUGGAAUUAAAUGAAAAAAACAUUUGAAAAAUGCUUUUAAUGCUUUUUUCUUGUGACAGUUACACAAAUUAGCUUGAAUUCCAUAUGUCCCUGAGUUAUUUUUAUCAUAAAGCCACAAAUGUAUUAUAACAAGACAAAUUGUAAUAUAUAUAAUCCUGAACUCAUGACUAUGUCUCAGUUGAUUUUUUUUCUUGGAUUGAAAAGUACUGAAAUUCAGUGUGACAUUAAAAUGAAAAUUUUUGUAUUUACUUGAGUAGAAAACCACUUACCAGUGAGUCAUAUAUUAUGUUAAAAUACUUUCUUUAAAUAUUGUGAUUCUUAACUGGUUAUAAGUUAGAAAAGCUGGGAGUACAUAAAUGUGCAGUUACAGUCUCAAAUUUUCUCCUUUCUGGGCAUCAUAUGCAUGUUUAUAAUCUUUUAAAAAAUACAUUUACUGAUGCUACAGGAAUUUCAAGCCUGUUUUGAAUGUUAGUAUUUACUGUAGGGAGUGGGGUGGGUUAUAGUUUCAUCAAAUGAGUAUUGCUCAUUAUACUCCAGUGGAAUUCUUUCCUCACAUACUCCUGCAGAUGUCUGGGCCUGAAAAUGUUUUUUUUAAGCACCACUUUUAUUAUGUACAAUAAAAUAUUUCAUUAGCUUGAA